CUGAUUACAUGUACAUAAGUUGGGAGACGCUCAAAAUCCCCUUGAUCAUAAUCCCCUUGGUUGAUAAACGACAUAGUGAUCGAAAUCCCCUCAACAGAAAUGACAGGGUUAUCAUAAUCCCCUUGGCAAAAAUAAAGGGGUGGUCAUAAUCCCCUCAGUGGGUAGUCAAAAUCCCCUCAAAUAAUGUGAAAUGGUUGGGAAAUUUCUUUUCUUAUUUUUCUUUUUAGUUCAAUGAAUUUAAGAACCAACUGCUUCAAGAAUUGCUGAAAAAGAGAGAAAAGCAUACAAACAAUUAAAAGGUGUAUGUUUGUCACAGCCAGUUAAUAAUGACACCCUUUGUUGAUGUUAUUAUUGCUGAGAAAAUUGUAAAAUACAAACAAAUAAAUGAUAGUUGAUUAUAAUUAAUCAUUGCAAUUAUAGUUAUAUGUAACAAACAAUCAAUUAAUCUUUGCAAUGAUAAACACCUUUAAAGGCAAAUUUGUUGCACACUAGCUUUAGAUCUUUCCAGAUAAUAACUUAAAAUGAGGCUAUUAAUUGCAGUUUGCUAUCUAAAAUUACUUCAUCUUUGUUUUACUUAACUGCAAACUGUUAUUUUGUUGGGUAUAUAAUAUGAUGGCUCUCUGCAAUAGACAUGAAUACCCAAAAUGGAAUUCAUUACAAGUAACAAAGGUUCUCGUAAGCUUCUGUAUGAAGGUUAUGCCUACACAAAGAAAAAUGAAAAUAAGUCCUCAAUGCGGUGGGAAUGCUCUCAGAGAAUUGGUCUGAACUGUAAAGGUGCACUGACUACUGAUUUACAUGUGUCUUCUGUCAAAUCUGAAACCGCGCACAGUCAUGCUCCUGACAAAUUUGCAAUGCAGGCACUUAAAGUCCGCAGUGAGAUAAAAGCAUCUGCUGAAGCUAACCGUGGUAAACCCGGACAGAUAGUAACAGAUAAAUUAUCGCUGCAGCCUACAGAGGUUAUUGCUGCCAGUUCCGUAAAGAGUUUGAAGCAAACUGUGAGACGCGCCAAGAGAGGAACAGCACCUAAGAACCCAUCAACAAUCAGAGAUGUUCCUGUUCCUUUCCCUAUUGAGUUUGCAAGUAAUGUCAUCUACGACAACGAGUCUCCAGACAACCGUAUCCUCAUCUUCGCCACUAAUGACGGUCUUCGCCUCCUAGAUAGUGCAUCCAGAUGGUUUAUGGAUGGCACCCACUCUACAGCGCCCUCUCAGUUCCAACAACUUUUUGUCAUCCGUGUACCUUUAGGUGAAUCCUGUGUCUCAGUUGUCUACGCACUCCUUCCGUCAAAGCAACAGCUGGUGUAUGAAGAAAUGCUGACUGCCCUACUAGAUGCCUGUCUGCAGCGAGGUAUCCGACCUAACCCAGAGCAAAUUAUGGCAGACUAUGAGAUAGCUAUACACAAUGCUGUGAGAACUGUAUUGGCCAGCAACAUUCAUAUCCAGGGAUGUUUUUACCAUCUAACCCAAGCUACUUGGAGAAGAGUGCAAGCAGAGGGUCUUCAGUCUGACUACAACAAUGAUGAUGAUGUGAAAUCCUUCUGCGGAAAGCUUGACGGUCUGGCGUUUCUUCCAUGCAGCGAUGUGCAAGAAGGCUUGACGUUACUAUGUGAACAGGCCCCAGAUCAUCUACAGUGUCUGGUUGAGUAUUUUGACUCCAACUAUGUAAAUGGAUCCUUUCGCGCAGUCAUCACUGCUAAUGGAAAUAUGAGGUUCCGACGCUCCUCUCCAAGAUUUCCUCCACCAAUUUGGAAUGUGCACAGUGCCACAAUGACUGACCAGGAUAGAACAAAUAACCAGUGUGAAUCUUGGAACAAUGGGUUUAAGCACCUUGUUGGACAUUCAAAUCCUUCACUUUGGACAGUUGUGCAAUGUGUUGAAAAGGAUGCAAAAAUGGUGGCAGCUGAAAUUCUGAGAUGUAAUCGUGGUGAACUUCUACAGAAACGAGUGAAGAAGGCCACUAAAGCUCACCAGCAGAGACUGAAAGUUUUGUGCUCACAGUACGCAAGUGGCAUUAAAUCCCUUGAAGACUUCUUGGGUGCUCUGGGACAGAUUAUCAGAAUAAAAUAAUGUCGGUGCUAUUUAAAUUCUGUGAAUGUGCUAACAUAUGUAAAAUGUGCUGUCAGAAAAUAAAUAAGAGUGAAAUAUUAUGUCUGGUUUUAUAUUUUAUAUUAACAUGAAAAUGACAACAUUGGAGUAUUUAAAAAUAACCUGUAUUAUAUUGCUAAAGUAUACUCCAUACUCUUUCCUCUACUCAAUGUAACUGCUGUUUGCAACAUUUCUUUAUGUAACACAAUAGUUUAGCUGGAGUGACAAAAGAUCAAAGGAAAAAGAAUAUUGAGUAAAGGGGGUUGUUUUUCACAAGUUGAGG